AUGCACGACCUCCGCUCCCCCAAUGAAACCGUCGCCCGCUGGGGCAGCUUCAUAUGCAAGCCCAUCCGCUCCCUGCACACCCUGGACUCGGGCAAGUUCCUGGUGGGUCACAGUGAAGCCUGCAUGCUCCGGGUCUUCGACAUCAGGAGCAAAUACUGCGACUUGGGAGAGCGCAUCCCGAUCGGGGGCGAAUGGUCGAAAUACCCGUACAGCUGGGUCACCAACUUCCAACUCCCGGGACGCUCCCGCCCGGAGCCCAUGGACCCCGUGUUGGCGCUCGCCGUGUCGCCCUGGACGGAGAAGAGCGUGUACGCCGCCACUCCCGGCAUGGUCUGGGAGCUGAACUUCGCCGGCACGAUGACCAGAGCGCCCGAGCAUGUUCCCGUCGCGCCGGGAGUGCCGGCGUGGAAGAAGAUGUGGAAGCGCUCCAGGGUUUGGAGGAAGGCGGAUGGGGAGAAGGAAAUGGUUGAGCCUGUCACGCUCGCGGUUAAGGCUUAUAACGGACUGCUGUGGGGGAUGCAUCAUCAGCAGCCACCACGGAGGGUUUACCAGAGAUAUGUGUAGAUUGGUGCUUUGUUUUUUGUUGUAUUUAUUAGAUCACACACACACACAUAUAUAUAUAUAUACAUGUUGGCAUGUUGUUAUAGGUUGCAGUAUAAAGUUAGCAUUUUCAUUGUUUUUUAAUUGUACCGGUACUUUGUGCCGCGGCGGGAUCAACAAAACAAGAACGUAUGGUAAAUGCAAUAGAAAUCAAGAUCUUAUAGUUCGAAUUAA